AUGAUUGCGACAUGUUUUUCCGUCUCUGUUUUCAGGCUGAGUAAUGUGAAUAAGAAGGAGCUGGUUGAAAUGCAAGCUCGGUUGUACCUCAACCUCGGUUUGAUCGCGGAGCAACAGGGUGAGGCCGAAGCUGGUGUCAGCUACCUCAACAGGGCAAUCAAUCUAUGCAAGAGUAUGGACAUCUGGGAAAUCCUGUAUCGUUCUUACAACUCACUAGCCUGCCUCUUCCAGCACCAGUCUAACCAUGCUCGAGCCCUGGAGAACUUCGACAAGGCCAUGAAUGCCGCACAACGGCUUCAAUACAAGAACCAACACAUCUGCGAUUUGUUACUGCUGAAAGCUGAUCGUACAAUUAAAAACACUGCAAACCGCAGAGAAGUUGAAAAGAAAUUAAGAACUGUGGCAGCAGUGAAUCGAUUCGAGGAGCAACUUCUCAACACUCCAGACUUUGAUUUGGCCACCAAAAAGUCUCUUUAUGAGUCGCUGGGAGAUGGCUGUGCCGGCAUGAAAAGUUAUUCUAAAGCCCUCGAGUACUAUUACCUCAUGUUAGAGACUGCAAAGAAUAUGGGAGAGACAGGAGAUCAGCUAAGGCCCUGUUACGUUUUCCUUGUCCCAGACUUACAAGGACAAACAAGCAGUACAGUCUUUGCCAUCAAGUAUUUCAAUGAAGAGCUCAAGUUGAACAGCAACAAUCCAGUUGAAGCAUGCAAGACGACUCUGAACAUAGCGGAAGUAUUGGAGAUCAAGGAGGCGGAUGUGGAAGAGAUACUGGAGGUGUACCGACAGGCUCUCAGCCUGGCUCAGACCGCCAAGGAUCACAGACUGGAGGCCAGAGCUCUGUCCUCCUUGGUGCAGGUGCUUCGAGACAACAAUCGGCUCUCUGACUCCAGAAAAUUGGAAGUUGAGUUGGAGAACCUGAGAGAAAAGUUUGGCCCUCUUUCGUCAGACUCUGAGGGUGAUGAAGAGGACGAGAAUACUCCAGAUAUUGGGGCUGAUAUUUGUAUUGAAGAACUGUCAGAUGUUGAAUUGGAAGAGGGAAAUGAAAAUGCAGUUAGGACUCGCAAGAAGUGCCCCACAACAAAGUUCAGGCGUAAUGAAAAAGGGGAAUUUCCACUCCACACAGCAUGUAUCAGUGGAAAUUUGGCGCUUGUCAGAAAACUUCUGGAGCAGGGUCACCCGGUGAAUGUUCGGGACCACAACGGGUGGCUGCCGCUACACGAAGCCUGCAACUUCGGCUAUCUGGAGAUUGUGGAGGAGCUACUGAAUAAAGGGGCUGCCAUCAAUGACAAGGGAACGGAUGGGUGUGACGGCAUGACGCCCCUGCUGGACGCUGCUUCCUGCGGCAACCUCAGUGUCAUGAACCUGCUCCUUCAACGUGGUGCUUCUCCAGUCAUGAGGACCAAUAGGGGAGAGACAGUUUUGGACUGUCUGGUCGCCUGGCGGAAACGUUACAUCAGGGACGAGAAGAGAGAUUUGGAUCCGGACACCCUCAAUCAGUACAAUGAUCUGGUCAAGACGUUAGGAGCGGCUCUCAAAAAAGCCGGCCAUAAACCAGAAUCUGACAAAAGAUCUCCUUCUCCUCCUUCAUAUUCUGCCAGCCAACCAAAAUCUGCAAGGAGAUCAACAGGAAGUGACUUUAGAGACAAAAUCACUCGAAGAUCAGGUCCCUCAAGUUCUUCAUUGGGGAAUUUUGAUGAUCAGGAUUUACGCCAGAGGAAGAGUCACACCAACCAGGACCUAGUGUCCAGACCUUCGAGUAGUUCCUUGCGAAGGAGUAUAGAUGAUGUUACACUCGUUCAAGACAGAAACGCAGCCAGAGAGUAUGAGGAUGCGAUGAAGGCUCUACGACGUAAGCCUGUGCUUCAACCAUCGUCAAGCUCACCUACGGAGAGUAAAAGUGCGUUGUUGGACGAGAAUGAGUUGGUGGACGAUUGGCUGAUUGAUGAUUUGGCUGUGAAUGCCAACCGAGGGGUGAAGCGACGGAGGAUGCACGAGUUUGACGGGGAACCACAGAGACGACCGAACCGCCUGGCAGUGACCGAUCACGGCGGUGGUAGGACCAUGGAAACCGAGCGAAGAAACAAUUUCCGUCCAGUCAGUCCCGUCAACAUGGAGUCUGAUUCAAAUGAUUCGGAACGUAAUCAGCAAGUGGAGGAUGUGAAUGAUAACGAGAACUUGGCUGAACUAUCAGAACUACUUUCAUCUGAUGAACCAACCUCACAACAUCGUAGUCAGCCACUCGAGAGCACUCCAGUCUCUCGACACGGGAGUUCCUACCAAGUGCCUUUGUCCGUUUUCGGAGUGGUCCGCAAUCCUGUACCUCGCCAAACCUGAACCGGAAAUGACUGUUGGUAAUACACUGCCAGGAAGUCAACCUGCCGCAGUUAAUCAAGUCAUACAUCAGCCUCCUCCUCAGGUCUCUCAGAUGGCUCCACCUUCAAUAAAAGUCCGAGUGGAAGGAAAACUCUUAUUGGUUCCAUUGCCGAUAACCUCUGCUGAGCCUCUCACCAUAGCAUGGCUUGCUGAGGAAGCGGCAAAGCGUUAUUACAG